GGCGUGGAAUCUGGAUUAAGACGCAAUUACGCUCUUCUCUGCAAUCCCAGUUGUAGUUCGAGACAGGAUUGGUUUCAGGGAGCAGGAUAGGUGAGGCGGAGAAGCCACCGUUGAGGUUUCAUCAUGGGACUCGGACUAAAAGCCAUUGUGGGGGAAAAGAUUAUGAAUGACGUCAUCAAGAAGGCAAGGGAGAAAGGAAAAUGGAAGGUGCUGGUCGUGGACAAGCUGAGCAUGAGGAUGAUCUCCUCAUGCUGCAAGAUGACAGACAUCAUGUCGGAAGGCAUCACCAUUGUAGAAGACAUCACCAAGAAACGCGAACCCCUUCCCAGCAUGGAGGCUAUCUACCUAAUAACGCCCUCUGACGAGUCUGUGGAGGCGCUCAUAGACGACUUCAGAGACCCGUCUACGCCCAGAUACAGAGCGUCCCACGUUUUCUUCACCGACACGAUCCCAGACACGCUGUUCAACCUGCUCACAAAGUCCCGCGCCUCCAAAUCUAUGAAGGCCUUGACUGAGAUCCAUGUCGCCUUUCUGCCCUACGAGUCCCAGGUGUUCUCCCUGGACAAAGUCGAUGCCUUCCAGGACUUAUACAGCCCCUACAAGUCGGACGUGAAGAACCAGAUGUUGGAGCGCUGUGCCGAGCAGAUCGCCACACUCUGUGCGACCCUCAAGGAGUAUCCUGGAGUACGAUACAGAGGGGAGUAUGCAGAUUGUGCCACCCUGGCCCAGAUGGUUCAGGAGAAGCUGGAUGGCUACAAGGCUGAUGAUGCCACUAUGGGAGAAGGCCCCGACAAGUCUCGUUCCCAGAUGAUCAUCCUGGACCGGGGCUUUGACCCUGUGUCCCCUCUCCUGCACGAACUCACCCUCCAGGCCAUGGGCUACGACCUGCUGGGCAUCGAGAACGACGUCUACAGUUAUGAGACCAGUGGGAUGGGUGAGACCAGGAUGAAGGAGGUGUUGCUGGAUGAGGACGACGACUUGUGGCUGUCUCUGAGGCACAAGCACAUCGCCGAGGUCACCACGGCCGUGACCCGCUCCCUGAAAGAUUUCUCCGCCAGCAAAAAGAUGGAAAACACGGGAGAGAAGACCACGAUGAAGGAUCUGUCCCAGAUGUUGAAGAAGAUGCCUCAGUAUCAGAAAGACCUCAGCAAGUUCUCCACCCAUCUUCACCUGGCUGAGGACUGUAUGAAUCGCUACCAGGGCACAGUGGACAAGCUGUGUCGCGUAGAACAGGACCUCGCCAUGGGAACGGAUGCCGAGGGAGAGAAGAUCAAAGAUCCCAUGAGGGCCAUCGUCCCUGUCCUGCUGGAUGCCACCGUCACCAUAUCUGACAAGAUCCGCAUCAUCCUGCUCUACAUCUUCCUCAAGAACGGCGUGACAGAGGAGAACCUGUGUAAACUCCUUCAGCAUGCCCAGAUCCCUCCCGAGGACAGUGACAUCAUCUCCAACAUGGCCCACAUGGGCGUGCCCAUCGUGUCCGAGAACGCGCCGAAAAAAGUGAAGAAGCCAGACCGCAAGGAGCGCGUGAGCGAGCAGACCUAUCAGCUCUCUCGAUGGACCCCAUACAUCAAGGACAUCAUGGAGGAUGCCAUUGAGGACAAACUGGACCAAAAGCAGUACCCCUAUAUCUCUCAACGACAAGUAUCUUCCAAAACCAGUGCCCCGUCAAGUAGCAGUGCCCGCUACGGUAACUGGCACAAGAACAAGGGCCCUACGGAGAUGAAAACAGGCCCUCGCGUCAUCGUCUUCAUCGUCGGAGGCAUGACCUACAGCGAGAUGCGCUGCGUCUAUGAGGUCACACAGGCCAAUGGCAAAUGGGAGGCCCUGAUUGGAUCAACUGGAAUCCUCACCCCCACACGCCUUCUCACGAUCCUCAAAGAAAUGGACAAGCAGGAGGAGGAGAAGAUCAGCUAAGAGCCUUCUUCCUCUGACCCUCUGACCCCCUGACCCUCUGACCCUCUGACCCCCUGACCCCCUGACCCUCUGACCCUCUGACCCUCUGACCCUCUGACCCCCUGACCCUCUGACCCUCUGACCCUCUGACCCUCUGACCCUCUGACCCCUGAACUCCCCUAGAUAAACACCUCAUUACCGUAUUCAUCUAGCUCUGCAUAACAUGUCAUAAGAUGUCAGAUAUUCCAAACAUAUUCGUCUGAUGUAUACUGGUAAAAAUAGAAUACUUCUCUCAACACACCACACUGUGUAGAAUUUUGUAUUUGUAUAAUCUGAUGAGGAUUUGAUAUUAUACCAUUGUGUUAACGGCACGUGGUUACUUGAUUGGAAGAAAGAUGAUUUUGUUGAGUUUGUGUUGGAUGAUUGUUGGUACUUUGUGAGCAGUGAAUGUGAAGUCUUAGGAUGCUGUUCAUCUUUCUCAAAAAGAAGCUUUGAUAGAUUCUCAGAUAGGAUAUGAUGGCCAGUAAUGAGAUACGAUGUUGAGUGAUAUGUAUCUCUACCAAGGGAUUGGCCAAUUGCUGGACUGGAGGAGUAUAAAGGGACCAAUUACAAUCGUGGGUGGUUCAGAAUGCACCUCCCUUUUAGAAAAAUCCAGAAUAGAAUACCUUAUAUUGCAAAACAGUUUUGUUGUCAAUAUCUAUACAUGCUCUGUCAUUAAUAAAUGAAAAGACCAACUGUAUUUGAGCAUCAUAUUAGCACCACGUCAUCACUGGUGAUUAGAAGCAUCUCGUCUAUUGUGUAGUCAGUAGUUUGUAGAUCUCUAUGCCACAUGGUAUAAAUGUUUGAUUUCUGGGGAUUCUUCUGACUUUGGAAAUGCCAAGUGAAGCCACUGUUUAUGUGGUCAUCUAGCUGUAGUCCUGAUCAAUAAGAACUGAUUGGUGAUCAAUCAUUUGGAAUGUUGCUUAAUCAGUGUAGCUGUCUGUCUCUGGCUCCUUAGGUUCAUUGAUCUCUAACCCCUAUAUCGAUUAGGUUCGUUUUGCCCUUAGAUUCCAAGUAAAAAUGUUGCUCCAUUUCCUGUUUCAGGUUGUUUGGAAAAAGCCUGUCGUGAUGCUAAUGUUGUUG